UUAACACACACAAACCCUAAACUCCAAAAAGCUAAACCUAAAAUCGAUCUAUCGCAGCUUAUUCCUAAAUUCCUAAACUUGAAAUCAAUCGUGCCGCCUAAAUUCCUAAACCUAAAAUCGCUCUUAAUCUCUCCCUCUCGUCUAGUUACAAAGUAUGGAGCAGGAAAUCUAAACCAGAAACCAACAUAGUUGCGUUUGGGGGUGUGGCGGUGGGAGGAGUUGCGAUUGGGGGUGUAGCGGUGGGAGGAGUUGCGAUUGGCGGUGGGAGGAGUUGCGAUUGUGAGUGGAAAAGAGAAGAAUGAGAAUAUAAAAAAGGGCAGGGUUUGAAGGAAGGGGGGAGUAGUAGGAGGAGGGGCAGUUCGAGGAGGAGCAAGCAAUAACCACCGAAGACAUGGAAGGAAACAAAAGGUUUCGUCUGGUCACGAUGUUUCUUCGAACGACUGCUCUAGUGGUAUAUCAGCAGCUUGAUUCGAAUGAGUUCGAACAAAAGGAAAAAUAUUUUCUGCUUCCAGCUUAUUAUAUAGAGGAUUUAAGAAAAAUCACAUUUUACAGGCAAACAAUAGGGUAUUUUUGCCUUGUUUUUUUUUUUUUUUUGUUUUAUGUUUAGUGGUAGUAGGAUUUGAAUUGAACUUCACAUUGGCUACUGCUGGGGCAAUUGGGGCCACAGAGUGUUGUCUAGCCACUCUACACAUUCAUGUCCCUGCUGUGGUUUAGUAAUUGUAGCUUGGUCUAAAGCCUUCGAAUUCGAUUGUACUGUUUAGCUUUUCUUUUCAAAAAAAAAAGGGAGGAAGAAAGUGGAGAGCUGAACAAAGACAGCGCUUAACAGAACAUCAAUUUCCGAGUAAUUACAGCGGGAAUCGGGGAAGUCUAUUCUUGUCAGCUAUAUAUUGAUGAUCUUCUAUUCAUUUUGUAAUCAAUUGUAUUGAUUCAAUUCAUCAAUAAUAAGCUCCAUUGUUUUCCUCUUCUUGUUUCUCUCUGUUUUUCUCUGUUGCUGGUUUUAUACCAGGUGAUAUCUAUCGAGGCCUUCGUUAGAGACCCCAAAGGAGAGCUUGUCUACCCAACUACAAGACUUAUCUGCUUGGAAAAUACACAUGGAAAAAUUUUUAAUCUUAUGGGGAGAGCUAGAGAGCGGGCAGAGCACCAUAGCCUUUACUCCGCUACAUCAGGAUGAAACAGAUGAGGUGACAGGAUCGGUCCAAACCGCAACCAGGUCUCACGGUGAGAGACAACCUGUCGAGGUAUGCUUUGCCUUCUCGGACGUCGAUGCUGCUUACAAGUCAUUCAUGGCACACCAGCUCCAUUCCGCCAAGGAAAUACAAGUGCACAAGAAGCUGCAACUCCAAAUAAUAUCUUGUUCAUAGAGAAUUUGCCCCAUGAAACCACUAGUAUGAUGCUGGAACUGCUCUUCCAACAAUACCCAGGAUUUAGGGAAGUUCGAAUAAUUGAAGCAAAGCCAGGUAUUGCCUUUGUAGAAUUUGAAGAUGAUGUUCAGUCAUCCAUGGCUAUGCAAGAACUUCAAGGGUUUAAAAUUACUCCACAGAACCCAAUGGCCAUUACCUUUCCAAAGAAGUAACUGCCUUUUUUUCCAUUUUAUGUGAGUGAGUCCAUUUUUCAGGAAGAUAAAAAUAGUUGAAGUAUUUUACUAAUGCUGUAGUCAUGUAGAUCUUCUAGAAAUUUCACUAAAACCUUAUCCAAUGAAAGUGGGAAACCAAUAGAAUGCAAAGAGGAAAUGAAAGAAUGCUAUGUUGUUGUUUAAAAGGUUAAAAAUGUAGCAACGGUGUAGUAUAUUCGUUUUAUCUGGUUAACAGAUUGUUUAAACUGUCCCAAGUAAUA